AUGGUGGCAACUAAAGCUAAAACUCUUGAUCAGCUCAAGGAAGAAAAUCCUGAUGUAAAUGGUUUCUUGAUCGAGAAAUGGGAAAGAAUUUUUAAUGUUUUCUUUGAUCGCAACCAUUCUCGUAAUGUCGAUUGGGGAGAUUUCUAUCUUGUUGUCAGAAAAGUUCGAGAUAUUUAUGGAGCUGAAUCUGUUCAAACACAAUUCGCCAGAAACUCCUUGGCAGCUCUGUGGGAAGGACUGUGCAAACUAGCUGAUGCAGAUGAUGAUCAACUCAUUUCUAUCGAUGAAUGGAUUCAUCUGUUGAAGAAAGUCAAUCCAAAGGAUGAACCUAAGUGGUUUAAGGAUUACAGUAAUUUCAUGUUCAAACUCUUCGAUGUUUCCUGCGAUGGGGUCAUGGAUUUGGCUGAAUAUACAGAUGGAAUGAACGUGUACGGCUUCACAUCUCGUGAAUGUGACACAGCUUUUAGAAAAUUUGCUUUGGAUGGAUUUGGAGAUUACAAAGGAACAAUCUCACCUGAGACAUGGACCAAGUAUUUCCAAGACCUCUUCUAUUCAACUGAUCGCAAGAGCAUCGGAAACAACUUAUUCGGAUGUUUGGAAUGA